CAAUAACACGUAUUGUCGUCAACUUAUGUGUAGUCAACUUCUUUACUAUCUGCAUGCGUCUUGUUAGUUUUUCUUACUCGAUUUUGUGGACUUUUCAAACUAUGGGUUUUGGUUUCGGUUUAUCCAUACAAAACCAAAACUUUUAAGGGCCUUAUUUGUUUUUGAUUAACCAAUAACAGAUAAAUCAACGUUUUGGUUUUGGUAUUUAGAAACUUGUCUAACUUGGUCUUUAUUUUCCAUGCUUAAUGAUUUUGUUAACCAACUAAACCAAUUCGACAAACCUAAUUAUAACCUAAAUUGCACAAUCCACCCAUAUUAAUCACUCACCCAUUGCAAUUCAGAUUAUUUGCAUGUGAACCGAUAUUAAACAAGGGAGUAACCACCCACUCGACCACCUUAGUUGUUGAUAUUAUAAUUUGUGGUAUCUUUCAAUCCAUUCAAGUUAAAUUCCUACAAGUUCCCGUACAAUGUUUUUGAUGGGAUAAGUUUCCAUGCAUUUAGGGUGAAAGGAAACAAAAGAGUGAAACGGUUCCCUCAUCUGGAAAUAAUUAUGGAGAUAAGAUUGAUGAUUAGGAUAAACUUAUCUGAAUAUGAUCAUAUGUGCACACUGUACAGUACAGAUAAUGUACAUAUUUCCUUUCCUUUUGGGCGUAAUUCGAUUUAGAUUAGGUUAAACUCGGCGUUUAGCUAAGGACUACUAUAUUAAGUGUGAUUAGAAAUUGAUAAUGAUAAUUCAUAUUCAUGAGCUGUAAUCUCGAUAUCUAUAUAAUUUUUAUGUUUAAAAUUGGUGCCAAAAUGAGUAUCCAAUAUAAAUAUUUUUUAGAUGAUUGUUUGAGUUUGGUGUUUGAAUUUAGGGUUUGAUAGAAAAUAGUCAUCCUCCAAUUACAACUUACUAGACCAAUCUCUAGUCCAUUACAUCGCUAAUAUCGUAUGCACACUUCGUCAUAUUUUAUUUGUUGAUUUCAAAACAAGCCCACCGAUACACCAUGAUCCACCUAAUCAUCAUUAUCAUCGUCAUCAUCAUCUAUUUUCAAUACGGUACCAAAAAAAACUACGUUUUUACUAUCUCACACAUUCAACUUCAAAAUAAUAAUUACAAUUUAACUGACGAGCACAAUUCAAACUCUUGCUCAUCCAAGUUCAUAUUAAGUUCAAUGUUGACAUAACAAACAAACUCGGAAGUUGAUUUACAAUUUUGUAUCUCAUUAGCCAUUACCAACCCCCAUUUUGUAAACUAAACCUGUUAUUUGUAAAUAAUUAAGGGAUAUAAAGGGUGUUUUUUUUUUUUUUUUUGUGGAGAGGGAGGGUGGGGAUUUUUGUAGUGUUAUGUUCUGUCAAGUGACUGAAGCCAGGCUAGCAUCUUUGCCAUGAUUGAAGAGUGGGUCCCACUUCUCUCUCUCUCUCUCACUUCCCUGUCACUCCACAUGCUGUCUCUCAAAUGCUCUUCCAUCCAACCUCCCUCUCUCUCAAUUUUAUUUUCCUUCGAUUAUAUAUAAGGUUUUCACUGUAUACUCACAAAAAUAAGUAUAUUAUGUAUCAAACUUAAAAGUUACUAUUAAACAUAAAAUAUUGAAUUCUAAUAGGAAGUAUUAGUUUGAUAUUAUGAUAAGAUAUACGAUUACAAUUAAUCAAUGGGUUAUCCUCGAUUUUCAAUUUUAACCCUUAUAAUAAAACCCAAAUUGUAAGCUCUAAGGCCAAGUCUAAUGCAAAACCCCAAAUUUGGGGCCUUGAACCCCAAAUUUGGGGAUUGAACCACAUUUUCCCUUCUUUUGCUCCAAUGCAACAAACUCCAUAUUUGAAGUUCUUAAUAUUUCCAGUUUUUCCAUUUACUUAAAAAUGUACUUAUUGUAGCCUUAAUAUAAUUUAUUCAUGUUAAUUUUUGUAUAGUUCGUCAUUAUUUUUUAAUACAAAAUUUUCGACAGAAUUUUGUUAAAUUUCGAGUCCGAAAUUUUUUGACAAAAAAUUAUGUACCUAAUUUGGGUUUACACACAGCACUUGAAAAUGAUUGAUAUAAUUAAAUCCCUAACUAAUCCCCUAAUUAAACUCUCAAUUAACCCCUAAAAUCUUAAAAAGAAAAAGAAAAGCCACGUGGCGGGCUUUGGUGAGCCUCUAUAUUUGGGGGAUCCCCCAUUUCCACCUCCAAAUUUGGGGUUCCAUAUGCAGAAUCCUCUAUUUUUGGAGGCCCAAACCUCCCCAUUGGACCAUCUCCUCCUUCAUUUUUGAAGAUCCCCCCAUAAAUGGGGUACCCAUUGGACUCAGCCUAAUCCUAAAUUCUUCAAGUCAAAGUAAAUCUCGAAUGUUUUUGCACUAAUUCAUGUAGUUUCUUGUCCAUCUUGACAUCGUUCUGACAUGAACCGCCAGACAGGUGCAUAACAUGCGCUCAAAAAAGUGUGUGCAUCGAAGAUUAUAUAUAUGUAUGUAUAUGAUAAACACUAGCAUACAUAUAACGUAUAAUAUACAUAUGUGCUUGUACCUAUUAGGUGUACUUUGAUAUACAUUCACGAAUUAAAAUUGCUAAUUAUUGUGUUUUGGUUGAAUUUAUCUUUACCGAUUAAGGUUAAGGUACAAUAUAAUGUCUCAAACUCCGAUGAAUUCAUUGUCUAAAUAAGAGAACUCAAUACGGACACACUAGCCAAUACUUGUAUAUGUGUUGUAAUGAGUGACAUACUGCUAUAUAAAUUAUACAAUAUUCUAAGUGAUCAGACCUAUAGAUGAAAUCGAUUCCUUAUACUACCAUUCCUCGACAUUCAACGACGACCAUUUCUCCUACAAUAUGAGCCAUGUUGUCCAUUGAUAUGCCAAUGUAAACAAUUUCGGUCACGAGUACGAGUAGUCGUGAUGGUGGAAUGUAUUUGGUUGAAUUUAUCUUUACCGAUUAAGGUUAAGAUACAAUAUAAUGUCUCAAACUCCGAUGAAUUCAUUGUCUAAAUAAGAGAACUCAAUACGGACACACUAGCCAAUACUUGUAUAUGUGUUGUAAUGAGUGACAUACUGCUAUAUAAAUUAUACAAUAUUCUAAGUGAUCAGACCUAUAGAUGUAAUCGAUUCCUUAUACUACCAUUCCUCGACAUUCAACGACGACCAUUUCUCCUACAAUAUGAGCCAUGUUGUCCAUUGAUAUGCCAAUGUAAACAAUUUCGGUCACGAGUACGAGUAGUCGUGAUGGUGGAAUGUAUUUCUUAAAAUAGUGUGUAGCUCUUCAUUGAAUACUAACUCAGUAACUUCAAGCUCGAGAAUAAUAAACCAUAUCUUUUUCGUAAAUAUAUGCAUAAUCGUCAAUCGAUAUUCAGACUCGAUGAUGCCUUCUUAUUAUUAUUUGUAUAAGUAUUUCGGUUGAAUGGAUCUCUGCAAACAACCUCUAAGAUCAGAAGUUAACAUAAACCCAAUAAUAUAAAAUUGUAAUAUAUUUUUUAUUUUUUGGUCAUAGAUAGGGUAUAAGUGUAUAUGUUGUUUUUGAGAAUGUCUAGAUUGGUUCUCGUUUUGCAAAUCAGAAGUUAACAGGUGUAAACAAGCUUGCGGCGAAGAAAACAUAGGAAAGAGCAAAAGCGCCAAAAGUGAAAACCAAAAUUUUGACAUUUUGUGGUCGAAUCUGAGAAUUAUAAUGUAAUACAGUACAGGCCUGGAAUUUCCCCUUAUUUUUAUAGUUUUUAUUUUUGCCUCUUUUUGUCGUCUUUUAUUUAAUUUUAAGCAUAAUAAUGAAGGAGAAUUAGAAGGGAGGCGUUUCGAACAAAAUUGUCGGCAAAACAGACGUUAGCGUUAAUCAUUAAUCAUAUAAGGAGAGAGGGCAAUUAAUUUACUAAUUACCCAUUAUUAGUGGGUGAGAGGGGAAUAUUAUUUAUUAUUACAGUCCCAUGUUCCUCCUCUCCUCAAUUUGUCAUACUCAACAACACGAUUGUCAUCUCUCUUAAUUACUUACCCUACAUGUAUUAUUAAUUUUCUGGUGGCAUUAUUAUUAUGAUUGACAUUGCCAUUAGUAGAAAAAAAUGGGAAUGCCAACCAUACCCGCCCAUUUUUGCCUAGAAAUCACGAUUUAACUAAUCGUGUUUCGUGUGAUGUAAAUGGUUCGAUAAAAUACGUAGUAUACUGUAUAUUCAUGAAGUGACUAUUGUGUCUGAGACUAUGACAUGGUAUAGUGCGAUAACAAAUAUCUAUGAGGCAAACAUUGAUUCAAGUAGGUAAUGUUAAGCGUUCAAAUAUAAUUAUAAUUAUUAAAAAAUGUCCAUGUAUCAAAUGCAAAGAAACUACGUAAGAAAGAGUGAAAACGGUAAUUAUCAGUCACAUUAGUAUUACUCUAAUUACAAAUCUCUAACUCCCAACUAACUAGUAGUGCAUUUUCACUUGCAAUCUCAAGUUAGCUCUCGUUCGGUUUCGUACUGUAUCUUACGUGUAACUUAGUUUCGGUAAUGAGGUGUUUAUUCUUCAAAUUAAAAUCUUUGUCUUGUCUAACAAUGUGUAAUUGAAGGAAGACGAUAUAAAAAGUGAAAACACUAAUCGAUAUGUUUUCAGAAGACUUACGAUUUGUAAUUGGCUACAACAUGCAAACUAAUCAAUCUGUUUGUACAAAAUGCUCUUUCAUCGGUUAAGAUAGUGGAUAACUACGAUAAAAAAAUACCAGUAGAGCAACCGUACUGCUUACGAUCUGUAAUUGGUUACAACCUGCAAAUUAAUCGAUAUGUUUAUACAAAAUGAAACGAUCGAUUCAUAUAGCGGAUAACUACGAUAAAAAAUACAAAAAAAAUUGAACAUGGUAAUUAACAUGCAUAGUAAUUUAAUAAUAGCAAAAAGUUGGGAAAUGGAAAUACUAUUAAUAUUACUUUUCUCUCUUCCACCUUUCCUUCUUCUUCUUCUUCUUCUUCCUCCUCUGUCAUUUAUAUAUAUAAUUAAUGCUUUUUAAUCAGUAGACCAUGCUUACAGAAGAAAGCUGCUGUCCCCUCCUUCCCCUGUUUUUUGCCCUCUCUCUCUCUCUCUCCUUUCGUUUUCUUCUUCCUUCCCUUCUCUCUCUUCGUUUCUGGUGUUUUCUCUUUCAGCUGUCCUCGACGAACUCUGCCACCGCCACCGCCACCUCCACGUUCUCCUCUGUUCUUCUACUCCUUCCCCCCCUCCAUCUCGCUCUUGAGUUUUCCCGUUUACCAGUCCACUGUUCUCACCAGGAGAUUUGACUCCAUGAAGAUGCCAGUAGCAUUGCUCCUGCUGCUGGCACUGAGCUGUGGAAUCCAAACGACGGCGGCCGGAGAACCAGGAAGGAGCAGCAGCGAUGGGCAGUGCGAUCACAAGCCGAGCCUCGAGCCCAGGCCGCACAGCGUCUCGAUCUUGGAGUUCGGCGCCGUCGCCGACGGGAAAACGUUGAACACAAUCGCUUUCCAGAACGCCAUUUUCUACCUCAAGUCGUUCACCGAUAAGGGCGGCGCCCAGCUUUAUGUGCCCAAGGGGAAAUGGCUCACCGGCAGCUUCAAUCUCACUAGCCACCUCACUCUGUUCCUCGCCAAGGGCGCAACCAUCCUCGGAUCGCAGGAUCCAUCGCAUUGGGAUGUUGUUGAGCCAUUGCCAUCCUACGGCCGAGGGAUUGAGCUUCCUGGAGCAAGAUACAGGAGCUUGAUCAAUGGGUACAAGUUGCAGGACGUGGUGAUAACUGGGGACGAAGGAUCGAUCGACGGCCAGGGCAAGGUGUGGUGGGAUUGGUACAACGCGCAUUCGUUGAACUACAGCCGGCCUCAUCUCGUUGAGUUGGUUCAGUGCGAGGACAUCGUCGUCUCAAAUCUCACUUUCCUCAAUGCCCCUGCUUACAGCAUUCACCCCGUCUAUUGCAGCAACGUUCUUGUUCAGAACAUCUCAAUCUCAACUCCACCCGAAUCUCCUGGCACAGUCGGCAUAGUUCCAGAUUCAUCCAACAACAUAUGCAUAGAGGACAGCAGCAUCGAGACAGGGCACGACGCCAUAGCUCUGAAGAGCGGGUGGGACGAGUACGGCAUCAACUACGGCCGGCCGACGAUGCACGUCCACGUCCGUGACGUGACCCUCAAGUCGUCCGCCGGCGCCUGCAUCGCCCUGGGGAGCGAGAUGUCCGGCGGGAUCUCCGACGUGCAGGGGGACGACAUCCGAUUGCACGAUUCUCGGGGCGGGAUCGAGCUGAGGACGACGCGUGGCAGGGGCGGAUACAUCGAGCGGGUGUUCUUCUCGGGCGUCGAGAUGACAGGUGUCGAGGUCGGGUUGGUCGCCAGGGGCGACAUGGGCGAACAUCCGGACCAGGGGUUCGACCGUGGAGCGGUUCCCCUCGUCCGAGAGAUCACGUUCAGGGAUGUGGUCGGGUCGAAGGUCGGUCUGGCCGGGAAUUUCACCGGAGCGGAAGGGGUUGAGCUCGGUUCGAUCUGUCUAUUGAAUGUGACUUUGGCUUCAGGGGAUUCGUGGGUUUGCUCGGGUGUUGAUGGGUUUUCGGAGAUUGUAUCUCCUGAACCGUGUCAGGAACUGGCGGAUUCAGAGAAGAGUUCUUCGUCGUGUUAUGACGUGAUGAAACAGUCUUAUGGGAGAUCAUUCAGUUUAUGAUGAUGUGAUAUGAUAUAUAUAUACCAUUUUGUUUGUGGGUAAAUGAUGAUGGGAAAAGAACAGAAAACAAAAACAAGAAGGGGAAAAAAGAAAUUUGGGAGUGUUGAAUUAUAAAGUCUAGGGCAGAUUCUUUUUCAAUAAGACCAUAGAGGAGAGCAAUUUGAUUUGUUUCUUUGGAGGGAUUUUCCUCUCCAAUGGUGUCUUUUUCUCUUUUCUUUUCUUUUUUUGUUCAUGUUUGGAGUCUCUGCAGAUGAUGAUUUGAUUUGUGUACAGCUUCCCCAAUUCUUCAUUCAUGGUGUAAGAAGGAAAUUUUUGGCAGUGAUUUCAUUCCACAGACUUUGGAAGAGACCAAAGAGAAGGGGAAAAAAGAGCCAUUUGGGUUUUUGUGCUAUAAGUUCAUUGCUUGAUUGUGGCAAUGGUUCCACUCUCAACUACUGGAUUGGAUGAAAACCACAUUCAUGAAUAGCAUCUUUCUCCAUUUUAGAUAAUAUCUUAUACAAUUAUAUCAUUUAUGCUAAUUGUCAAUUCCAGAUGUCUUUGUUGCUAUGGUCGUACAGAAUAAUGCGUAAAUUGAAGCACCGUUACGAUCCCAUUUAAUUUUAUUGUCCGAUUCCUAAUCAGAUAGUGCAUAACCAUCAAUAAUAAUGACCAAUACGCCGCCGUCGUAGAUGAUCAAAACAAACCAAAUGGCAACAACCUCUUCUCUUCAAUUAUGCUAUCACUGCUCAGAGGGCGGACGAUCCCCCGACCACGAAACAGUAUGAGCACGUUUCCUCGAACGUCUCGUAAACAUCCUAGCCCGAGUUAAGCUUCUCUAGUUUGUGUGUCAUGACUCAUGACUCUAGAAGUGAGUGAGGGUUGGUUUGAGCGGCUGCAGGCAGUAGUGGAAUGUGUCUUUGUGUUGCCAGCUUGAGGGAUCCAAUGCCCUUACAGCGUUGCUCCCUGCCUCAUAAAACGGUAUUCUUUCUCUCUUUGACUGCCUUGUUGUUUGUGUGUUGUUGCAGUUGAAGUUGUGGUGAAGUGAUGGGAUGGGAGAGGAAGAUAAGCCCAAAUAUUAAUAUAAGAUUGUGGCUGUGGGGAUUUUUUUGCUGCUCUGUCUUCCCCCCAUGUGACUGAGCUUUCAAUGAAAAGAAGAAAAGGGUUGGCCGAUUGGAAUGGAAGAAGAAAAAAAAGACUUCACUGUAAAGCAAAAAUGAAAGGAAAAAAAAAAAAAAAAAAAGAAGUCUUGCAGAAAUUUUGUGUUGCAUAUGUCAACAAACAAAGGGUUUAGGAAGGUCAUGGUUUAACAUGCAAAUGCAACAAAAAAAGGAUUGGAGAGAGGAGUUUUUUUUUUUUGACAAAAUUGGAGACUGGAGAGAGGAGUUGAUGAAUACAAUGGGCGGAUUUUGUUGUCAUGAUUAUUGGGAGUAUCAAAUAUGUGGAGAAUAAGUCAUCUUUUGAUCCCCAUUUGUUUGAUGUCUUCCUACUUCAUUUGAUUCUUUCCCCCUCUCUACACAUCAUAGUGGCGGCAAUAUUAAACCCGCACUUUGUGUAAGGCGAGUAUUGAAAUACUGAUCGAGUUUUAACUUUCAAUGUCAUAUACUAUUUGUAAAUCGUUUAAUUAAAACGAAAACUUUAA